UAUUGAAACGAGUGACAUCGGUCUAGAAUCGAUUAAUAUUACGAAAAAUUACGAAUGUCAUUAUCGCCUCAACAGUCAACUGUCAUAAUCAUAACUGAUAAACCGAGACUCGAGAGGGGUACACGACACGGACCGCACCGCGAGAUACAGUUUGUUCGAUCAUGGAAAUAAUAAUUAUGAAGAGGGCGUUGUUGGUGUUGGUACUGAGCUGCGGCGUGGCGUUGUCCGACAACAUUCCGUGCUGUCCGGGUGGCGAGCUCAUCAAGAUUCGAGGAUACUGCGACGACGGUGUCAAGGUCAACCUCAACUGCACCGAUGGCCUCCUGGUAUUGAGGGACGUCGUGCUCACGGGGUACAAGGUCUCGACCCUCGACACGCCCAAAUAUGUUUUCGUGGAAGACCCCAAACUUUACUGUCUGGGCGACAUGUACCGUAACUUCUCCAACCCCAGUCUGGGCACCACCAAGGUUGCUCUGGUGUGCUUCGAGAAGGUUGCGCGGGAAAGCAACGAUAUCGAGACCGGAGGGGUCAUGGCUCUCGUCUCCGUUAUUUUCUUCAUCUUAACCUUUGGCGUUUAUAUGUAUUUACCGCAGUUGAGGGACCUGCAAGGCUGGUGCUACAUGAGUCUGUGCGUGUGCAUGGCUCUGGGGUUCUUCUUCCUUGGCCUUCUACAACUUAAUCCUGGAUUUAUCAAUGAACUUUGCACAGUUACAGGAUUCUUUAUAUACUUCUGGAUGAUGGCAACAUUCUUUUGGAUGAACGUAAUCAGUAUCAACGUCUAUAGAACUGUGCAGGACUCGACUUAUCUGAAGAAGACAGAGAAAAAACAGUUCCUGCUGUACAGCUGCUACGCGUGGGGAGGAUCCAUCUUUUUCCUCGCCGUAACACUAAUCACCAACUUUGUGGAAGGCGAGCACUACAAGCCGGGAAUCGGCAGCGCUGCUUGCUGGUUUUCAGGAGCUGCUGAAACAUGGAUUUACUUCUACGGUCCCGUAGCCGUGUUGAUAGCCUCCAACAUAGCCCUGUUCGUGUUCUCCUCGCUACAACUGUGGAAGCAGUCCAAGAAAUAUGAAGUGAAUACGUUAAACAUUCUUAAACAAAAGUUCCUGACCUCGCUGAAACUAUUCUUAGUUAUGGGUAUCUCCUGGACGUUUGAGAUUGCCAGCUUCGCUCAUGGUGGUCAACACAUUAUUUGGAAAAUAAUGGACACGUUCAACUGUCUACAAGGGGUCGUGAUAUUCGUGAUAUUAGUGCUGCUAAGGAAGCGUGCUAUGCGAGGACUCGCCGAGGAGAACUGUUGUCUAUUCGUCACCCGCCCCAUAGCCGACAAGCUGAGUCCACACGACGACUCCGACGACCAGGAGAUCCUGGCCGACGACACCACGGAAAUCCGGCUCAACUAGUCCCUAGUUAGUUUUAAGGUAUUUUUGAGUAAGCGGUUACUAAUACAAUUUUCGUUGAAAUAUUGAGAAAUUGGUGGUGUAAAUACGAUAACUUUAAAAAAUUGUAGCUAUAGCUACAACAAAUUUUAUAUUUAAUAAGAAUAAAAAAGUUAUGUGAUAAAAAAUUAGAGAAAAUAUUCUCUAAUUGGCAACACCGCGCCGCAACCGCUGGCUCAAAAGUGUAAAAUAUUAUGUUUUAUAUUAUGUACAAAACGAAAAUAAUAUUUUUACCAGAAUCUCAUCACUGUUUAUUUUAUAAGAAACACGAUGUAUAUUAAAGUAUAGGAACAUAAUUAUUGUUAUACUUACUAAGUGAGUCAAAAGUGUUCUAAUGGUGCCAAAUUAUUCAAAUAA